AAUAACUCCAACAGCAACCAGCCGACGCAUCAAUUACCCAAUAGGUCUGGCCUACUACGCAGUACUACUCCCCAGUGGUGUAAUAAACUAUACUAGAACUCACCUGUAUUUUAUAGCGAUACACAAACUACACAUAGACACGGCUGUUGAUGGUAUAAGGAGCUCAAUAUCACGAGUGUCAUACGAAAUACUACCCAAGGCUUAUCAUCAUUUGGGAUCCUCUAUCAUUUAAGGCAAGAACAAAACAUGCCGGACACCUCGCCAGCGCAAGUACUAUGCGGGACUCAAGGAUCGGACCAAGGACAAUGCCGACAAAGGCAUAUAGAACUGCCUGGUAGUAACUUACCUGAACCGCCCAAUGGCUGGCCAGAUAUAAGAGGUCUCAAUCAGCUUCAGGCCAGCCGCGAGGAAUGGCUCAAUGGUGAUGCUCUUGAUAAAGCGCUAAAGGUGUAUCAGAACAGCUUGCCGAAGUUGGCCAGGGACAUGAUCCACAUCGCAGACACGAGUAUUGAAGGAAUAUUUGGGACAAGCCAGAAGACGUUUGAGGACAUAUUGACAAGAAACUAUGGCAGAUUCUGCCGGAGCCUUAAACGGACCGAAUAUACCCUGUGGCCGCUGAACAUUUAUGGUAACCAUUGGGAAUUAGGUGUUAUCCGUAAAGCGAAUCCGACUAAGAAAGAUGAGGGAUGGACAAGAAUUGUUCAGUUAGGCAUUGUCGAUUCGUGGGAAGAUAAACAGAGGGGGCCCAGAAGACAAUUCGCUGAAAGUCGAUUACAAAGGUUCCUCAGAAAAAACCAAUUCACGUUUGCUCGAGAUCACCAGCGCUAUAUAUCGACAGCCCGGCAGUUAGACGCUUGGAGCUGCGGUCUCCGAACGUUUUGGGCAGCAAGGCAUGUUAUGAACCGGAUAGUGGAUAUGGUGCAAGGUGAUGUCUAUCAUUACAACGAAAACCUCUGGGAAGGCAUGACCGGGUGGUUUAACCCCGACUUGGUGCGAUGGGAGAUGAUUGGCCUUACCGCAUACGAAGCUGUUCGGGAAAUGGGCUAUAGAGCACGUAUCGCGGUGGAAGUGGUUAGAACUGCUCGGGACGGAGCUGAAGACGUAGAUGCGGCAACUUUGAUGGAGCCGCCGGAGGGCGGGGACUCAGUCGUAGUAUACAACGCAGAAACUAGAAAGCGAGGGAGAGAAGAUGAUGACGAGGCACUGCCUUCCACUUCAAGAAGAAAGACCCAGAAACUAGCGGUCUCUAAUAAACCGAAAGUAGCACCGGAUUAUACGCCAGCUGAUAAUUAUGAGGCCUUCGAGAAGAAAACCAACCCGGUCUUCCCGCCUCAGGCAGGCCGUAAAACACGUAGUCUUCCUACGACAAAGACACCUGCCCAAGACCAGGAGGGCGCUCAGACAGCCUCAACCAGAGGGAGGGAUACAAGGGUUCGAAGGCGAGGAGAGAGGGGCGGCAGGGGCAACAGGAGUAACAGGGGAAAUAGGGCCAAUAGGGGUAGGAAUUAG